AUAUUGGCCGAUUAUUCCCUGUCGCUCCAGCUUGGCGGAUAUUACACGUGGAAGCAGAUUGGUGAUGUCUUGGACUUUACCAUAUACUCUGUCUGCAUAAAUUGAAUACGACAAUGAACGUGCGUCCGGGAAGAGACCGAGAGAUGGCGGCCGUGACAUUCAAUCAAAAGGAACAACGCUGCUUGGAGAGAGCCAUGAAGACUCUUCACUUGGAAUACUGCUACCAACUGAAACUGCUCGACCUUGACCACAGAGUCAUUAGGGUCAAUUACAAACGACUCAAAGAUAAGGUCACAAAAAUUAAGUCAUAUCUAUCAGCGGAAGAAAUCCACAGUCUAAGAAAAUUAGACAGUGAAGGCAAAAUAAAACUAACGUGCAAUUCUGUGAAUCUCAGUGGAACAUUAAAAAUAGCAGCUGCGGCAAAAAGAUUAAAAUGUUUCCCGUCUGGACAUAAGGUAGACAGGGUAGUCAGUGCUGAUUCGCGCUUAAUCGGCCGAGAUGGACAAUCGGAACCCCUAGCAUCAACUCCAGUUGCCAAUAAUACACGUCGGUGCAAUUCUGUAACGGGUGUGUUCACUGAUGCACCGAUACUCAAUAAACUACAACGAAGGGAAUCCUCCGAUCUUGGUUUUAUCACCACAGGUGUAACGAGACCGAGAGUCGCGACUUUGAAUGACGGGCAACGUUCUGUAUCUAGCAGGGUUCGACAGAGUACUAACAGAGUCUAUACUCCUUCACGACGCUACACGAGUACAGACACUGAACCGAACAAAUCAAUAUCGUCACGGCCAGAUACAUGCACCUCUGGAUACGUCACUCUACAUUCCCACUCGCCAUUUUCUUCUCAUUCUGCAGCCGAAAAAGAUGCGGCAAGACUGAUGACAGAACCCUUUAGACCACAGCGAGAAAUGAAGUCAUUUCCCUGUGACGAGUCGAUUGACAGCAAUUUUGGGGAUGAUCUGUACGAGGAACGUCGACAGGAACUGUUAGAAGACGAGCUGUCCAGAGCAGCUGAACUUGAAAUUCGUAAAAAUCGAUUCUUAAAGAGUGUUGACAAUUAUUUACAUGUAGCCCCAUCAACACUCUUACCGAAAGAUUUGUUUCAGAAGCAAGACUCCAAACGGCCUGCAACUGUAGAUUCUCAAACGGAAACAAUUGCCGAUAACGGGAGGCUGCUAACCAGACGGCUUCGAGUGGAUUUCGAUGAAACACCCACAUAUUUACCCGAAGAAGAAUACCGUAAGAGACUUCUUGACUUGUGGACAGACAUGAACAAGUGUAGGUAUUUAAGAGUGCCCGAUGAACUCAUUGACCUAUCGGGAAUUCGAACAUUAGCAACUGAACAAAUUCGACUAUUUGAUAGUCUAAGAACAUCAGGAUACAAGACAUUUGCUGCCUCUGCUGAAGUAUGAACGCAAAUAUAAACAAUGAGAGUGACUUCUGAACAAUUUACAUUUAUUGUACAUAUACUAGUACUUUUAUAUCGUUGACCAUCUCAGGAAUGUCAUAUGUUUAUAAUGACUCGUUAUUCUUAAAGGGACAGACCCUAGUUUUAACCCGUAAAAAUUAACACUAAGUUUAUUUAA